AUGGUUGAGCCAGGCGCCGCUGCGAAUGCGCUGUGGCAAUUCCGCGGUGCUGCGGCGACGCCGGCGUUGCAGCUGCCGUGGGAAGCGGCUGGCCCCGAGCCUCUGGCUGCACCCCGCACGCUGCUGCCAGUCUGGGAGGGCCACGCGGAGGCUGAAGAGCGCGAGUUGCGGUUGAAGCAGCUGCUCCUCGUCGCGCGCACCGCUGGCGACCACUGCCGCUUCAAUCGGGAGGCGGCGGACGCGGCUGACGACUUGCGCGUCCACGAGCUCCUGGUGAACACAUUCGCCGGGAAGGCGACCAGCACGCUCGCGCGCCGAGCCUGCUCAAUGUCGCUGUACAUGCGUUGGACCCGCGACAACUUCGGCUCGGCUGCACAUGGCUUCCCCCUUUCGGAGAGCAAGGCGUACGAGUACGUGGAGGACCUUCGCGCCACAGGAUUCCUGGAAGCCGCCCUGCUCGUGCACGGCACGCUGGGCGUGGAGGUAGAGGGCGGCUUGCCCCAGAGCGCCCGGAUACGAGGAGCCGUGGCGCGGAGUUGGGAACGCAAGCGCCUCACGGUCAACGCCCGCCCCUUGAAGGUGAAACAUUUGCGAUUGCUGGAGUCCCUGACCAAGGAAGCGCCGCCCCGGACGAGCCUGGAGGCCGGCUUCUUGUGUUACCUCGUGCACAGCCGUUCCAGGGCGCGGGACCUGGCCAAGGUGGAGGACGAACCGUACGUCGACCUGUCAGUGAGCCAGGGCUUCAUAGAGGUGCGAGCGGCUCGCGCCAAGACCACCAGAGGGCUCAAGAGGGCCCGGCUCGGGCUUCCGGUGGUCGGGAUCGCAGAGGGGCUCACGGACGACACCUUCGAGACGUGGGCGGAGGCGUGGCUCCGUGCGAGGGAGGAACUUGGCCUGCGCGCCGGAGAGGGCCAGUACCUGAUGCCAGCGGUGUCCGUCGGCGGCGUGCUCGUCCACGACGUGCCAGCGUCGGCGCCGCAGAUCACGGCCAUGCUCCGGAGAAGCCUCAUUCUUGCUGGGGCGGAACCAGCGGAGGUCGAGCAUUACACGUCGCAUUCGUGCAAGGCCACCCUGUUGUCUUGGAUGGCCAAGGCCGGAGUGCCCCUGUCUGUCCGGCGCAUGCUGGGCGGGCAUAUAAAGCCGGGCGACAAGUCGGUCAUUGAGUACUCCCGCGACGCCAUGGCGGGGCCUCUGAGGGAGCUCAAGGGCGUGCUCGUGAAGAUUGCGGCGGAGGAGUUCGACCCCGAUGCGACUCGCUCGGGGAGGUGGCGCGACGGCGGGCCCCCGGCGACCCUGGCGUCGUCGGGCGAGGCGACCAGCGCGCCAUCGGCCGAAUGGAACGAGAGGCAGGGUGCGCCCAAGGAAAGGGCUAACGAUGACCCCGCCGAUGUCGCAGACACGGGUUCCGAGGUCGAGGUCGGCGACGGCGAGAGCACGGGGGAAUCCGACGAGGCGGAAAAGCACGAGGCUUUGGCGGCCGCAGAGACUGUGGGCAACGACCUGGAGGGAGCCCUCGGGCUGGGCAUGGUCGUGCCGACGGGCUACGACGUGUACUUCCACCCGAAGUCCCACGUCCGCCACCUCCUGCCUUUGAGCGAGCCUGUGCCCGGCGGUAGAUUCGCGUGCGGCAGGGCGGCUAGCGAGAUGUCGCAACAGGGCGGUGCCUCAGUGCAGCCGCUGUGCAAGCAGUGCAUCGGAGCAGCAGAGCGCCCCGCGCGGGCGCGUGAGACGAGGGCUGCGUGA